CUGGGACAGGGAAGGUUGGUUUAGUUUUCAAACCUUUGUUACUUGUACACUAUUUGCUCCUGACCAGGUCAAGGAGGACCUUUUGAGGACAGAGGUCAUCGUCCAGUUGAUGUCAUGAAAGGCUAAAAGGAGCUUGGCAUUUCUGAGGAGAAACCAUGGAAUGCCAAUGCAGCUUGCCAACUUUACAAGUCUAAUUUUAUCAGCCAACCAAUCCUCAACAAUCUUCUGCAUUAAGAAAACUAGAUUUUUGUUAAGAGUGAAAGCAAGUCCAGCACCCUACACAAGCAACUAUACAGGCAAGUGUAUUUAUUUGGUUAUAUAUUCAUCACCUCAAUUAUGAAAUUUUUUGAAUAUUUAUCUCUAAAUACCUGUUGUUUUCAGAACUAAAAUUAUGAAUUUUUAAACUUUCUGAUUAAUCACUAUCUUUGUUAUGUAACUGUAAAUCUAAACUAGUCAACUGAUUUUGUGAGCAUAUUUUGAAAGUUGAUCUCUAAAAAUACUGAAUACAGAAAUUUAGUAAGAAAUCACAAUUUUAACACACAUGCAUAGCUGAAUUAGCUUCACUAACAAACAGGGAUGCACUGUCUUGUUUCAGGCAGGUGGGCAGGUUUAUCUUGCUAUGUCACUUAUUUUUUUGAAAUUGCAUGUAUGUCACCAGCUCACUCAUUUUUUGUUUAUUCUUAAUCUAGACUAUGAUGUCUAUAUUUCUUGAAUAGUUAUAUUGUUUUAAAUUGAUGCAUACUGCUCUGAAAUGUUUUUGCAAAAAAUGGCAUUGAAAUAUUUAAAUAAAAAGUAAAUAGCAUUCCAACUUUAUUCCAAGGAGCUCAAGGUGACAUACAGGGAUCCAAUUUAUCCUCACAAAAACCCUAUAAAAUAGGUUAGACUAGUAAUAAUUAUUGGAUCAAGGUCAUCAAAAUGAACUUUACAAAUGAGUGAGGAUUUGAGCCACUGAAGCCUUAUUACAACAUAGUAGACCUACACGUUUGCACUAGAAUAGCCGCAUGUAUUGUAGUUUAGAAGCCUAGAUGGUGGUCCACCAUCCUAUUUCUUUCCCAUCACACCCUGACUGUGCCCCUUUCCUAGAACUAUAUCUGAUAACAUAGUAUGUUUCUGAAGGGUGUGGUGUCUUCAGUCUACUUAUAAAAAAUUAACAAUACCAAGAAUUACAACAGAACCCGCCCCAACCACAUAUUUGCUAGUGAUGAUGGGAAAAUUUGUUUGGUCCACUUUUUGCAGUUGUUGUUGUUGUUUAGUCAUGUCCGACUCUUCGUGACCCCAUGGACCAGAGCACGCCAGGCACUCCUGUCUUCCACUGCCUCCCGCGGUUUGGUCAAACUCAUGCUGGUAGCUUCAAGAACACUAUCCAACCAUCUCGUCCUCUGCAGUAGACAAACCCAAUUCAACACUCCUGAUCUUGCAGCAAGAUUCUUGCUUAAGAAUUAGAAUGCAAUACUAACUGGGAUUACACAUUUAUUUAUGAUGCUGUAGGAUGAAAUGGAAAACUCUUUCUCAGCUAUACUACUUAAAGCAACAGCUGUGGAGUACUUAUUGUAAUGCUCCCACACAAAGAGAAUAUUGCUUAGACCCAGAAAUUAGGAUGUCAGGGAAAGGGGUUCAAGUCUAGCCUUCUCUCUGAAAGCAUUUUUAAUGUCUGUUAUGUGUACUGAUGUUCUAUUGUCUCAUCUUAGGCCUUGCACUAUGAUGACACUGCUUCAAGACUCUGUUUUCUAUAGAUUGCCCCUAUUGUGACAUGGCAUUACCUCACUUCUAGAUACCAGCCAUUGCCUAGAGAAACUCUAUAAAGUAACACGUGCUACUUGACUUGGAUCAAAUGUUGGUGCCACAUGUUUCCUUUGGUCUGGCCCUCCAUGUAAGACAUUACUCUUCUAAAAUAAGAGAAUAAGAUACAGAAGCUCCUUUAGGGAGACAAAAUAUUAGACGAAAGUAUGUAAUAUUGGGAAUCAGAUAAGUAGCACAAUUACUGUUUGCAUUAAAGGGAUACAUCAUUGCUUACUGGCCCAACCUAUUAUUUAUUUUUAGUUAAAUAAUGUUUUAAAAACCCGGUAAGCUAAUUGUUUUUAUCUGCCUAAUCAGACUUAUGAGUUUCACUGAUUACAAUACGAGAUCAAAACUACACCUACUGCAUGCUUCAGAGAAAACAUUGUUACUUAGUAUUUUCCCAUGGUUGAGCUUAAAAUUAUCAAAGUCAGGUACUUACGAGAACGCAGACUAGCUAAACAGCCCACCUGUCCUUUCUCUUCCACCUUUCCCACUUGCUGAGAGCCAAUGUUGCCAUUUUGAUGCAUAUUUGGUCUUGCCCUCAUCAAAGGGCCAUGAACAUGCAUACUUGAGGUGCAUACCCCCCUUACCCCUACGAACCAUGUCUCCUCCAACCCCUAGAUUACAGUGACCAUCUUAGGCGAAUAUGCCCCAAAGCCCUCAAAACUUGUCACCAGCCCUGUAUCUCCCUCCCUUGGUAACAUAUUUUAGGGUUGCCAUAUGUCCUCUUUUUCCAGGACAUGUCCUCUUUUUCAUGGGUAUGUAAAAUGAGGGUUGUCAUAGCGACCCAUAGUUAAAAGCAGAAGUCUGCAAUUGUGUCCUCAUUCUUGCUCUAGUUAUUCACAGCAACUAGCACAAAGCUAGAAGACACCCCACCCUCUUACAAGCUUGGUUGAUCAAGGGAAUGCCGUGGAUGUAGUGUAACUUGAUUUCAGUAAGGUUUUGACAAAUACCUCCACAAUAUUAUUGCAGAAAAGCAGGUAAAAUGUGAGCCGGAUGACAUAACUGUUAGGUGGAUUUGUAUCUGGUUGACUGACCCAACCCAAAGAGCGUUCCUCAUCGUCCUAGAAAAAAAGUGACAAGUGGGGUGCCCUGGGUUCUGUCCUGGGCUUGGAGUUGUUCAACAUCCUUAUAAACUACCUGCAUGAAGAAAUUGAGGGGAUGCUCAUCAAAUUUGCAGAUAACACCAAAGUGUUAGCUAAUGCCACAGAAUACAAAAUCAGUAUUCAAGAUGACCUUAACAGAUUGUAGGACUAACAAAAUAAAUUUCAACAGGGACAAAUGCAAGGUUUUAUACUUGUAAGCCUGUAACACCAAAAACUGUAAAUCCUAAUCUGUAUGGCCAUAUUCAAUGUAGUGUUGCACCAGGGGUGCAUCCAUAAUAUUUUGUCUAAUUCUAUACAUAUGUUCCAGAAUUCUUAUCCAUACAUAUCUCAGUGUCAUACCCACAUGCAUUAUGCCACAUGGGCGUAUAAUCCCAUACAUGAUCCAUGAUGACAGGUGAAUUGCAAAAAGGUUCAAUUUCCAAAUGUGUCCAGACUGUGGAUCCUGAAAUUCUCUAACAUUAAGUAAAAUAUCACAGACCCUGCAGUGCCCACAUACAUAAUGACCCUUAACUGCAUUGGGAGAUGUUUCCUGUUGAAGAAUAGAAUAGAAUAGAAUAGAAUAGAAUAGAAUAGAAUAUGACUAAGGAUUGUUUAAUAGUUUUGCCCCUUCUCCAACCAAUUAGAGGGGGAAGAUCACAUCUGGGGAUGUGUUGAAUGAUGUGCUGAUGUUUGUUUAUUAACUUUUUGAUUUUCAUAGAUAAGCUAGAAAACUCAAAGUUGCAUGUUAUCCUCUGUUGUUUAAUUAUUUCCUGUUUUUGAAAAAGUUGCUUCCUAUUAAUAUUGGACACCCUCUGGACUGUAUUGUUGAUAAUGUGUUCUGGGUAUUCUCUAUUUUGAAUUUGUUUAGCUAAUGUUCUGGAGUCCUGAACAAAACCCCCAGGUUGAGAUGAGUUCCGUUUUAUUCUAAUCAUGUGACUGGAAGGGAGGCUGUCUCUCAAGUGUCUUGAAUGAAAGGACUCAUAUAUUUAAAGGAAAUGUUUAUCUGCAGAUUUAGUAUAAUUUUUAAUGCCCAAUUGCCCUUUGGAAGCUUAUAUAUACAGUCAUGUCUAAAAGGGAGAUGGCCUGUCUGUUAUGUUGCAAACUAAAUUUAACCGUGGGAUGAACUGAAUUAAGCCAAUUGUCCAGGACAUCCAAAUGCUGUUCACUGGAAAAUAUAUUAAAUGUGUCAUCUAUAUAGCAUUUUAAAAACUUAAUAUCAUGAAAAUAAGGGUUAGUGUUGGGAUCCAAAACCCAUUGUUUUUCAGAUUGACACAUGAAUAAAUUUGCCUCACUAGGGGCAAAUGGUGAACCCACUGAAACAACUCUGAUUUUGUAAUAUAAAUUGUGAUCAAACCUGAGGGGGAAAUCUUUUCUAAAAUCAAGCCAAUUCAUUCCAUCAGGAAGAAGGGAGGGAGAGGGUCAAAAGGCUUCCAAGCAUUUAGAGUAUCCUCAAGAACUAACCUCGCCUCAUCCAAGGGAAUAGGUAAAGGUAAAGGGACCCCUAACCAUUAGGUCCAGUCGUGACCGACUCUGGGGUUGCGGCGCUCAUCUCACUUUAUUGGCCGAGGGAGCCGGUGUACAGCGGCCAGCAUGACUAAGUCACUUCUGGCGAACCAGAGCAGCGCACGGAAACGCCGUUUACCUUCCCGCCAGAGCGGUACCUAUUUAUCUACUUGCACGUUGACGUGCUUUCGAACUGCUAGGUUGUCAGGAGCAGGGACCGAGGAACAGGAGCUCACCCCGUCACGGGGAUUCGAACCGCCGACCUUCCGAUCAGCAAGUCCUAGGCUCAGUGGUUUAACCCACAGCGCCACCCACGUCCCUUAUCCAAGGGAAUAGAUGUGUACAAAGAGUGUAAAUCUAAAGUGACUAGAAUAUCUGAUUCCAUCAUUGUACUUUGUUCUAUGAUUUGAAUGAAAUGUGUAGUAUCCUUAAUAAAUGUAUCUGACUUACUAACAUGAGACUGUGGAAAAUGAUCAACACAUUUUGAUAGAUGUUCCAGGACUCAAGCCAUGCCAGAAAAAACUAAAUGACCAGUUGAGAUUCCUAUACUGAGGGGGCUGGACUAGAUGACCCUCAAGUCCCUUCUGACUUUACAAUUCUAUGAUUCUAUGUGUAAUAGCCUAUGGGAAAGGCUCCUGAGAACAUACGGUAAUUUAGAAUAGUAAUAACUUCACUACAUUAUGUGCCUGGCAAAGAUUUAUAAAUUUUCUUAGCUCUCUAUGCUAUUCUGAGUUAGCCUUUUUCCAUGCUGUGUCUUAUUAAUUUCCAAUGUCAUUUUGUUCUUGUCUUAUGUGUAGGCGUAAAAGCAACCGGAGUUUAAGAAGCCCACUAAACACACCAAAUCUGCAUUUCACAUUCCUAUUAUGGGAGAUCUUAAAAAAAUUCUUGAAAGAGGAGAAUAUAUUCCCUUGAGAUCUGCUCCUGUGUUUGAAAGCAAUUUUGUUCAGGUAACUAAUUUUUUUAGAAUACUACUGUUUAGACUGGCAACUGAGCAGAGCAUGAAUGCCUACAAAUGCCACAAACUCAACUGUAGAAAACAGAGUCUAGUUUACCGUGCCUGCAACCCUCCAAAUUCCUAUUCAUGAAGCUGUCUCAUGAGCGUUUGAGGGAAAAUGUGUACACAAAUUCAAACACCGGUGGUAGGUGUGCACUGAAGCCAGAGUGAAGUGGUAAUGUGUAUACAGGCUAAAACUUAGUACCUACAGAUAGACUUCCAUGAGCGCAAGGGAACUUUCCUUCCCUCCCCUCUCCCUGUGCACCCCCCAAAUCCGCUCUGGCAGUUCCUCAACUCUCCAGAACAUAUUUGGGGAUACUAGAGGAGUAUAUGGGUGGAGGAGAGGGAGGGGAAAUUCCAGUGGAUAAAUUCCAAAGUGUCUGGAUCAAUUUCAGUUAAGUUUCAAGGCUAACUGCCCUGGUUGCCUGAAAAGAUUACCCCUGGGGCUUGUUUUGGCUUAGAAACUCAGAUCUAGUUUUACAGGAAUUGUAGAGCUGCACAGAGAAGUGGGCGUACGGAAACAAGAGCUUCAUCAACAGGUGAUUUUUCUUAUUUUUUAUUUACCCAACUUUUCUUUGAAAGCCUCCCCCUAAGAUGGCUAACAACACAGAUUUUUUAAAAAUGUAGAACUGCUUGGAAUAAAAAAGUAAAAAAUAAUAAUCCAAAGCAAUAGUAACUAAAUUAUCUCUACCCAGCCUAAGAGCCCUCUCAAAUAGCCCCCUGAAAGUAUUCACCAGCCAUCCAAAGGAGAACAAUAAUGGAACCAGUAGGACCUUGAUAAAAACUUUCCACAGCUUAGGCACCAUGAUCAGAAAGAGCCUCUCUCAACUGACAACCUGGCAUACUUCAAACACGUAUACCCCAGGCCAACUUGAGUGUUCAGGUAGGUUCAUACGGGGGGGAAACAGUCUGCUCUAUGAAUCUGCUCUAUGCAGAUGGUAUUAUAUAAAUAAAAAAUAAGAACCAAAUACCAAGCAGGCAAUACACCCGAUCCCAGACUGGAUUUUUCUUUACCAGUGUCAAGUCCAUUUGACACCAGUUCAGGACCUGCACAUCUUCCUGAGAUUUGAUGGAAAGAGUGAUAGAACAGGUGUCAUCAGUAUAUUGAUGACACCUUACUUUAAAUCUCCUCUUCCAGUUUUAUGCAGAUGCUAAAAAGCAUGGGAGAGGGGAUUGUUCCCUGCAGCACGCCAUGAACCAAUAGCCACAGAGUACAACAGAACCUUUUGAAACCAGCUUUCCAGAGAUGAUGACAACCAUGGCAAAAUAGUGCCUUUCCCAUCCCAUCUCAGCAAGGUGGCUCAAAACCAUACCAUAACAUAGUUGAUAGUAUUGAAUGCUUCCGAGAAGUCCAGGAUGAUUAACAGCACGGGUAACUUGCCUGUGGUCAUGCAGACUCUGAAUUCCCAUUGUGUCAACUGUCUGGGUCAUAUCUCCAUUCUAGAUUUGAACCAGAAUUGCUGGUUCAAUCAUCCUGAUGCCUUACACAAAUCAGGCUUAUGACCUGCCAAAUGUGUAGUGCAAAGGGAUGUCUGAUGAUCAUGGAGGCCAUGAACUCCCGAGCUGAACCAGGAGUUUAUCCUUUGUAAACUGAUUUGAGUUUUUUUACAACCAAGUGGUGUAUAAAUUGUAUGAAAUAAAUACAUACAUAAAGUGCAGAAUGUUGAACCAGAUAGUGUAAAUGUUGAUGUCCUGCAGGCAGGGUGGAUUUGAUUUAAAUUGAUUUAAAUAAUUUUUUUACAGAAAGACUCAUUCUUGCUGCUAUAAGGUUUCGUUUUUGGAAUAAUAAAUUUUCAGAGUAGUUUUUACAGUUAUAUCAGAAAUUAUUGAUAUGGUUAUACUAUUAGAAAUACAUAGACAGAUAAUUGUGAAAUUAUUGUGAGGUUUCGUAAGUUAACUGUUUAUAGGGGCUAUAUCUCCCAGCAGCUCUGGCUUUAGAGAAGCUGGUCUUCCUUUUUCUGGGGGGGGGGGGUGAGAUACAGUUGGUAGGCCUAGGCAGGAACAGGCUGGCUCAAAGAACAGGUCAAGGAGAAACAGGCUGGUGGAAAGCUGGAAAAGGGGAACCAAGGACUGGAGUAGAACUUCAGGGAUUCCUGCUACAGGCCUGAAGUUCCAGGUAGAGACUUUAUUGUUUGGACAAUGUCAGGUGAGCCCUGGGAAGAAGGGCCUGGAACCAGUGAACUCUUAUUAGUUGACUGGCAAGCACUUCAAGGUCUCGCCAAAGACAGAUCCCAGUUACUAUUUCCACCACCCCACCUUUGGAUUUGCUUCUACAUUCAGGUGCCUAUUCUGUACAGUUAAGUAUCAGUGCAGCUGUUGGAACCCAGUGGGAUUGGGAAGAGGUUGCCAGCCCUGAAGUACAUUCAGCACUUGCCUCAAGUCUUGAGUUGCACAGACAUGCAACUGACUUGCACAAUUAUUGAAACAAAGAUCCCAAGACUUGUGGAGUAUUCUGGUCAUAAGGCUGCACUUUCAUUUUUACUGCUUCACACAGAACUUAGCAUUUAAAAGGUAAGGGGUUGAUUCUGUGUAUAUAAAUUUUCAAAGGAACAAGGGGAUUAAGUUUUUUCCCUCAACUCUGUAUGUUUAUUUUAUAACAUUUUUCCUGUGAAGAAAAGGCAUGUUAUCUCUGCAGACACAAAUUCACGCUUUUGAGAACUGCAACAACAUGCAUCUGUGAGAAUAUAUUCUUGUUAGAAAAAUUGCCCCAAAUAAUCUUACAGAAACCUCUGGAAGAGCAUGACAUUGUGAAUGGAUUGAUGGAAUUCAUUUACCAAAAAAAUUAAACAUUGCAUAUAAAGCCUCAUGCUACAUAAUUAAAAACAAUUCCUUAUUUCCUGAUGAAUAGCCUUUGGACUAUAAUUUAACUUAAAUAGAAAACUAUCUUUAGAAAGAUUUUUACUCCAAAAGCAUUUUGUUUUUAUAAAUCCAAUUGAAAUUUUAAAAAAUCUGAUUGAAAUUUUAAAAAAUCCAUUUUUAUUUUUUAAAAAAUCAUAGAUUUUUAUCCACCCUGCCUGCAGGAUAGCAGUCAUUGGGUUUUCCAGCAUCACACUUGAAGCUACUUCCAACAUUUCCACUAUGUGGAAGCUUUUGACUUAAGUUCUUCUCUUUUCUCACAUGCACAUCUUUCUUGAACCUUCCUUCCCUUCCCAAUAUCAUAAUUGCAAUACAAUGUGUUUUCAGAUGCUUUUGAAAUAAUAUUUAUUUUAUAUGCCUAAAAUAACCUCUUAUCUCUUUGCAGGUGAAUAGAAGGGGUGAAUCAAUCUACCUUCACAAUCGCCCCAACUAUGUGACCAUGGGCAUUUGUGCCUCCAGCUCAAGCCAGUCAUUGCCAAAUGUGAUGGUGCUUGCACAUACAGCUUCUUCGUCCUCCCAGGAAGCCAUUUCAGCACGCCCAGCAAGUAGAAGGCAAUCAAAUUCUGAAGAUGAACUAGUGCUCACCAGGUGAGUUAGUACUGAGGAGGCAUGAAAAGACUGCAGAUAUUGCAUAAAUUCAAGUUGACUGUUAUAAUUUGGUAUGGGGAAAUGGUAACAGAAUCUCCCAAUUUUCACUAUUUCUACAUAGUAUUAAAAUAGUAAAGUAUCUAUACAUAAACCUUUUUCACCAAUGCGCAUCAUGAAUGAAAUUUUCAGCAGCACAAUUUGUCCAGUUGGUGGCACUCUUUUAUUGAUAGGAUGAAAAUAUGUGAUGUUUGCACCCCAACUCCAAUGGCAACAUUGUUUAAAUGCCUGAAUUUCUAGUACUACACAAGGGGAUGGGGUGAGAAACAAUGCCAUGUCCUCCAUCCAUAGUUAUAAGACUGGCAUAAGACACUUAUGCAGAACAGAGAGAAAGAUCUCUCCCUUCUGAACUGAGGCUGACAUCACUCAGGGCAAGGGCUUUUUCAGCUGUGCUAGCCCAGGUUUGGCUAUACCCUCCCCAAAUAUGUUUCCCUUGUGCCAACACAACCAUCUUUUCAGUGCCAGGCAAAAAAUAUUAUUUACCCAGGCACUUUAGUGUCAGUUUUGAGAUUUGCUUGGUUGCUCUUAUCUUCAGACUGAGUUUUAUUUAAUUGUUUUAUGCUCUGUAUAUUGCCCUGAAAUCUGGUACGAUGAAGGGCAGUGUAUACAUGUUUUAAAUAAACAGAAAUAUAAGCAGUGCUGUUUUUUCAGCCAGAGGGUGCUGGGCCAACACUCCCCACUCCUUUUUCUUGACUUUAUGUACUUCUGAGAAGCCCAAAACAAACAUUUCAAGUCAAAACGGAAUCUGCCCAGCGAGUGCAAAUCUACACUUUUUUUAGAUCUAGGACUCUAUCUAGCCCUUAGCUGCUCCUAGCUGCAAUUAUUGAAGCUACGGGGUGGAGCCAAUUCAUAUUUCCUUUUCUUCAAUCUUGUCUCCCAUGUAGCAGCAGCAGGCUUUAAGCUUUCCAGCCAGGCCUCUACCAUUGCGCACACACACGUUUGUGCAAAGGCCCCUCCGAGCUGCCCUAGCCAUCCGCCUGUAUCUAAGAGAAUGAGGGAGCUGGGGCUGUAUUUAUUUGACCUGCACCAGAACCAGAGGCAACCCACAAACCAUCUAGGGAGACAGCUUGCCAUAGUUUUUAGCACCUCCGUGUACAAAAAGUAAAAAUACUACAACAGGUUAAAAUUCACGUCAACUUUCUAAGCACUUGGGUAGGCUUGUCUAAGCAAGAAUGUUUUUAGUAGGCGCCAAAAAGAAUACAAUCAAGGUGCAUGCUUGAUAUCAGUAGGCAGGGAAUUCCAAAGUGAAGGUGCUGCCACACUAAACAAUCUAAACACUGCGUAACAGGUAUUAUGCGGCACCUGUGGUAGUGCUAUUUCCACUCAUCAAAGAGGUCAUCUGGGUACAUGUGGGGUAAGGCAAUCUUCUUGAACUUGGCCCAGUAGCAAAUCACCAACCAGUGCAGAUAUCUGUGAAAAGAUAUUAAAUGUUUACAAGGCCUCACCCCUGUUAGCAAUCAUGCUGCAGCAUUCUGCACUAACUGUAGCUUCUGGAUCAAGCACAUGGGAAGCCCCAUAUACAAGUGCAUUGCUGUAAUCCAGUCUUGAAGUAACCAAUGAAUGAACUACUGUGGCAAGGCCAUAGCUGUCAAACCAGUCACAGUUGAUAAAACAAACUUCUAGCACUGAGGCUACCUGAGCCUCCAGUGGCAGAGCUGGAUUCAGAAGCCUCCCCAAACUGUGAACCUGCUCCUUCAUGGGGAGUUCAACCCCAUCCAAGGUAGGCAGUUGACCAAUUUCUCAGACCUGGCUACUCUCCCAUACUGCUUUUGUCUUGCCAAGAUUCAACAGCUUGUUUUUCUUCAUCCACUGCACCACUGCAUCCAGGCAAUGACCCAGGGACUUCACAGCCUCUUCUGAUUCAGAUAUUAUAGCAAAAAGAAGCUGAGCAUCAUCAGCAUACUGAUAGCACCUUAGCCCAAAUCUCCUAACAACUGUAGAUAUUACAUGCCACCGGAGAUAAGACUGGAGUCAGUCCUGAAGGCAGGGUUGGAACCAUUGUAAUGCAAUGCCCACAAAUCCCAUUCCCUGGAGCCAGUCCAGGAGGAAAUCAUGGUUGAUGGUAUCAAAAGCCAACAAGAGAUCAAGAAGCAGGAACUAUAUAUUUUUAAGCAUUGCUACCCCAUUCUUCAAAUGAAAAGGAUCCCAGAGCAGCUUGCUUAAGAACUGUAAAAGCAAGGUAGUCCCAGGCCAUAGAAUUUUAUUUUGCACAAAUCUUCCAGAUUUCAAAGAAUGCUCCGCCUUCACCACUGUAGAAUGAAAUACCCGCUAUGUCUUAUCAAUGCGGGCAUUAUUGUGCAUAUUUACGGUAAUUUCUUGGCCAUUUUAUAGUUAAAUAAAUUACCUAUUUUGAAUAUUUAUGAGUAACUUUUCCACUAAAGCCUUCAACAAGAGUAACAGGUAACACAAGUAACAGGUAACACAAUAAAUGGUGGGAAUUUCUCCCACAAAUGGCAGUUUUAGUAGGUGUAUGUAUGGAAUUCCGUAUUCUUAGUUAGCCCAUUGUGCAAAAAAGAGGGCUACCUUGAAAAGGUACAUAAUUGGACAGGUUUUUCUAGUGACAUUAGCUGAUCCUUCUUUGUGGACUGCACAAUUAGGCCAAAGUUCUCUUUACCAGCAGUGCAGGCGGUUGGGAGAUCAGGGUGGAUUGAAAAAGAAUGCCAUGUGACUUAUUGCUGUCAUAUGCACAUAAGUAAGUUUUUCUAUGAUACAAAAACACAGUGGAUACACUAUGUGCCUUUAUUUUCUGUUGCCUACAUGUAACCCAAACUGACAGUGCACAGCGGCCUUCUUGAAAUAUGCCUCCAUUUAUUUCAGUCAGUUCCCUACUCUCUUGGAUCCCAUUUUCCUCUCACUUUAUGUAGUGAUUCAGUGAAGUACAGCUAGCAGGAAUUCACACAAUCAUUUUCUUGUAGGUUCUUACCCUUGAAGUUUGUAGACGUUACUGUUCACAAUGCUAAGAAAAGACGCAUCAAACUGAAGCUGGUGAGUGGCCGUGCCUACUACCUAGAACUCUGUGAGCCACUACAGAAACAGCCCCAGCUCUUCCGACAGUGGGUGCGGCUCAUCAGUCUACUGAAAUCUAAAUAUAAAACUUCUUCAGUCAAUACCCUAUAUAAAGAUUUUAAGACUCAGGAGGAAAACAGAGCCACAACAAGCAAGGCACUACAAGUGAGUGCUAUUUGGGUAUAUAGCUUAAGAUUGUUGAAAAAAAGGUGGGGGGGAACUUGAGCACAUAAAAUGGUAAUUUUUUUUGUAAAGUGUAGUUUUUAAAAACCUGCAUGAGCAAGCUCCUGUUGGUUUGCCCAAUGCCAAGAAACCCAUCCUGCACAAUGUAGUCCUAGAUAUGUAUUUUGUGUUUUCAUUUUGUAUUUUUAUGCUGUAAACCGCUCUGUGAUCUUUGGAUGAAGGGUGAUAUAUACUGGGUUUCUUUUUCACUUAAUUGUUUCAGACUGUUUUGAGUGUGUGUCAGUUAAUCACUGUCGUCACUUUGAACACACUUCUCCAUGGCAAGCUCAAAGAAUGUGAGUGGGACUGAUUCUGUACUGAGCUUUUAACAUAUGCUAUACUCCCUCUUGUCUUUGUUGCUCCCAAAGGGAUACAAUCAAGCAGAAACUCCCACAAAACCACAAAGCAGCGAAGAGCCAAUAAUAAAACCAGAAAUAAUCAAGAAAAUGCCUUCAAAACGAGUCACCAUUUCUGAUAUAGUAGGUCCUAUUGAAGAAUUUCCUAAGAGCCAUAGCCAGGCCACAGUUUCUUCUGACAGCUGCAUGAAAAAUCCCAGUGCUGCAAACUCAGAAAAACUGAAGUAUAGUCAAGAAUUAAUGAAGAGGACUAUCUCAAGGAGUAAAUCUAGGUAUGUGAUCCAUCAUAAUCAUUAUCUAUUGUUACACGCCACCCACAAUCUCUGCCAAGCGAUAGCAAGAUUCCAGGGGGUUCCAGGUGCUCAGCCAGGGUUGCUGGAAAAUUGAGGUGCGGUGGAGACUAGUGUCUUUAUUUUACACAUAUUUACAGCUACAGCCUUCACUGGAGGGGGUACAGAACAUUAUGCCCCAAGAGUGUACCUCAUGGCUCCUCUAAUAGAUUCAGUGAGCUUAGGUUCAAAGCAGCAGCCAGUCAUAGCCCCUGGUGUCCUCCAGCCAGCACCACUUGGAGUACUCCUUACUUCCCCAUUCUUGUUCUUAGAACACUUUACCAAAAAAACCUGUAUAAAAGGACAAGUUUUUUCUGACUCAUAUCACACCCACGUUGACCUGGCAACCUCCCCCUCAGUUUCCUGUAGGGUCUUUUGUAUUGUAGGUGGUUUAAUGUCAAGCUCAGCCUGUCAGCUCUGAUUAAACCCCAGCACCCAAGAAACUAGAGGUGGAAAUCUGGCAUCCAGGGAUCUGGAGGAAUCCCUGUUCCCCCACUAACCCAUAACACAAUCUUCCAGCAUCUAUUCCAAUUUUAUUUUGUGUUACAUCAUGUUUGUCUGCUCAGUAACACAGACUUUCAAGCUCUUUAUUAUUUCCUUCUUUAUAAAAAUAUUUAUGCAACAAUAUAAAAACAUAAAAACAGACAAUAAAAUCAUUAAAAGGUUAAAAGCAAGUUAAAAGUAAAAAAUAAAAACAAGAGACUGCUGUGGGGGAUGUACCGUACUUUUAAUUGCCUGCAUAGGCCUGGUUGAAUAGAAAAGUUUUCAGCAGGCAUUUUAAAGUUAGCACAGGGACUUCCGGGUCAGCGCCCGCGUCUUCCCGCCGCGGCGAAGGUGGGGACCCGCUAGAAAUCCCAGGCGGAGGAAGCCUGGGAAUGUGGGGUUCGGCAGGGCACCAGAAGCGCCCCCCUACUCGCGGGGAAUCCCUUUUCCUGUGGACAAUUGGACUUAAAACAAGUACCCGUGAGUAGAAACGGAGAAGCGGGAAGGUGUAAACAGGAAGUCCGCCUUCCGUUUCCUUGUAUAUAGACUAAAGCAAAAAUUUUGCAAGCUAAAGCCGGGAAGCUGUCAAAAAAGGACUAAAUUUCCUUCAUUUAGAACCACUGAAACUCCCUUGGAAGCAGGAGAAGGGGGGGGGGACUCUGUUUAACCCUAGCAGGAGAGGGAGUGAAGAAGGAUAAGUUUCCAUCGUCUCUAACCUGGGAACGGGGUGUCAGAGACAGAAACUGUUGCUGAGGUUCAUUGACGGUGAACGUAACAUUUUGACAGAUAGCUAAUGAAGAGAAACAAGUUGAUUCCAAUUUUGCCUUUUGCAUCUUAAAGAAACAAAACAUCUGAAAAACGUCUGAAAUAUCUGAAAAAUGAAAGUAACUUUCCUUUGUCUUUUUAAAAAAAAAUGGCUACAAGUAGAUUGUCUCCUCUAGAGGGAGCUUGCUAAAUUGUUGUUGCAGCAUAUUUGAGACCCAACAUCUGUGAGAUUAAGACUGUGGGAACAGACUUUUUCGACCUUGAACAAAGAUGAGCUGGGAAAAGGACUGGUUGCUUGCUCUAUAUAAGACAAAUGCUUUGCUGGAACAAAUGCAUGAAAAGAUGGACUUGAUGAAUGAGAAAAUGGUUUUGACUGUUGUGGUUAAUAUCAAUCUGCACCGACUGGGCAAGUGCAGCUGAUAAUGGAGGAGGAUGUGGCUGCACCUCAAAUAGUACAAAUGGAGAGACCCGAGGCCCCACAGGAGCAUAAGCCACUGUUAUUGAAGAUUGAAGUUGGAGUGGGCCAAGGGGAGUCUGGAAAUGAGGAGACUUCUAGCUUUGGAGAGAUUCUGAAAUUUGAUUUUAAAUUCAUUUUGGAUUACAUCGAGGACUGUGGGGAGUGGGACUGUGGGGAAUGGACUGUGGGACUGGAUGAAGGGUGAUGGAGAUAAUUUUGGGUUGGAACCCCCCAGAGACCUACUCCUCAAUGAGAAAGGAAAGAAACUAAGACAGAGACCAACAAGAGACAAGGAAAAGGGCAAGCACAAACAAGAUGAAUAAGAAUUGCAGAAGGGACAUGGAAGAGAUUUAAGGGCCUCGGACAUAAGGCUUCCAGGUUGAUGGACUAGACGGAAUGGACAAUAAGGAUUGACAUGACCCGAGACCAGGAAGAAGAGAUGCUGGAUGAUGAUUGGAAGAGAAUUUAUAAUGGAAUUUUUUAAUUUUAGAAUCAGCUAAUGAAUAUUAGGGAAAAUGUGGGAAUGAAACUAUACGACUCUAGCAGAAAUGAUAUCAGGAGCUAUGUAUAUUUGAAAUUUAAGAUUUAAGUCUUAAGGCACUUAGGGGUAAGAUAAGGUUAAAUAAAUUAAGGUAAUUUGAAUAACAGAAUAUGGGGAAAGAUGGUAAGGAUUUGUCAAGUUAAUUAUUAGGUUAAAUUGUCAAGAUAAAAUUUUAUAACAAAAAUUGAGAAAGAUGGAAAGAAUUUGCUGAAAUAAUUACUAAACUAGAAUACAAAAACGGAGGUGUGAGGAGGUCAAUGAAACAAGCAAAUGGAAAUGAUGGAUUUGCAAUUUGGGAUUUGUGUUUUUUUCUUUUUCUUUUUUUUCUUCUUUUUUUACCCUCUUUUGCUGUAUUGUUGUUCAUAUUUUGUGUUUUUUUCUUUUUUUUAUUAUUGUAGUGUUGUUUUUUGUUUUUUGUUUUUCUUGUAAUUUUGAAACUAUUAAUAAAUAUUAUUUAAAAAAAUAAAAAUAAAAUACAGUUAGCACAGAAUACACCCGCUGAACUUCUAUUGACAGGGUGUUCCACAGGACUGGACCAAUGACACUAAAAGCUCAGUUUGUCAUUGCUGUCAAACUAACCUAAUCAACUUGAGGAUUUAUUUAGGAAUUCAUUAUAAAAUACAAAAAGUUCAGCUUCAUAGGCAGCUCCUUUUUCAGAAUGUAGGAUCUCAGUUUUAGACCCAAGAUGGACAUAGCCUUGUUUAGAGCAAGAUACCAAAACACAGAUAAUCAAAACCAAGUGUAGCAAGUCUCAAAUUAUGGUGAGCUUCUGCACAAAAAUAUUACCAGGGUCACUGAUAAUUUUUGAGCAGAGAGCUUUUAACUUUACAAGUCAGUUAUUUCCAUAGAACAGAAACUUACAAUAAUGUACUAGGUCAUACAGACUUAAUAAUCUUUGUGUUCUUUAAAAUAUUAUCUUUAAUCACUGUUUGGCAGUGGGUGGAAGAGAAUCAUUAACAAAAGGCACUUGAUGGGCACUUGAUAUGUUGAGAACUGAUGUGAUCCAAUCAAUGCUAUAUAGGAGUUGUAAGACCCAAGUCUAACUCCCAACCUUUUCACAGAUUGAAUAGUCAUUUUCAAAAGUGAUGCUAAAAUCACCUUUUAGUGUCUAAUGUACCACUUCCAAAUGUAGCUAAUGUAGCUAAUGGGGAAAAGCCAUUUUAAAAGUGAAUGUACUUUCUGGUCAUUGUGGCUCCUUUCUUCAAUUAAUGGGCUCAUUUCCCCCUCUGUAAAAGAGAAAGAUUGCUAUUGGCAUUUGGGACUAGAUGGCUGUGCGGUUGAAGCUAUUAACUGUGUCAUAAAAUGUCCACAUGGAUUUAUCAAAAUGGGCCAUGGAUCUGAAAAGCUGAAGAACUACAGAUCUGUGAUAUUUACAUUCCCACAUAAGUUAGCAAAGGCAGCACAACUAUAUGUAGCUAAUUGGGAGUAAUUUGCCAGUUUUCACAGUUCAAAAACAGAACUAAAGGUUAUGACGGCAAAAAGCAAAGCCCUCCCCUCCCACUCACUGCUUCAUCUCUGGAAAAGUCAUGCUUUAUUCAGUAAGCAUGGAGGUGGGAAACUAUUUGCUUAGAUGUGUACAGCCCUGAAAUAGAAACUCAUUUCAAUAUUAUUGCUUUCAAUUGAAGUAUCAUUAUUAUUAUCUUUACUGUUUUCAGGGGACAAGAUUUUUUUUCUAUUACGGGGAAAAGACUGCAGACUGCAGGUAUGAAUGACAUUUCAAAUGAUUUUUCCCAUUCUGCCCUCAUAGCUAUUAUAGUUAUAUUUUUCCAUAUGGGAGCCAUAAACUGAAAAAUUAUCCCAAUAAGUGGGAGGUGCCACUGGCGAAUGGUCUGUCUAUUCAGCUUAGUGGUAUUUCAUCUUUUCUGGGUUAUGCAACAUGGGAAUUCCCCAUCUUCAGAGGUGUUUCUUUGGGAGCUGCUGUCACAGCUGCGGCAGGUGGUGAAUAGAAAAACGACCUUUGUUAUUGUGUUCUCCCAACUAUAGAACACUCUCACUUGCUGCUUAGUUUAAUGUCAUUCUGGUGCUUGGCAAAAAUAUUUAUUUUCACAGGCAUUUUUGUCUAGUUUAUCUCCAGUGCCUGGUUUUUUUCUGCUUCUUGGUUUUGUUGUUUUAUUAUCAUGCUUUGAUCUUUUUGUUUCACUGUAUUUUUAUAUUUCAUUACAAGCCACCUUGGGACAGGUUUCUGUAAGGUGAGGAACAAAAAUUUAUAAUAAAUAAAAAUAAAAACAAAGGUAAAAGGUAAAGGUAAAAGACCCCUGGACGGUUAAGUCCAAUCAAAGGUGACUAAUAAAAACAACACCUGUGUUGUCUCUGUGAGUUAAACAGUCAUUACCCUUUGGAAUUCAGCCACACAAAAAUAUAUUUACACGUCCAACACUCUCUGCUGUAUGUCCAGCAUUAGGGCAAUGACAUGUGGAGACCUAUAAUCAUUUGCAGAAGAGUUUUGUAAUACUUUCUCCGUAAUACUUUUGUAAUACUUUCUCUGUAUGCAAUUUCUCCUUCAUUCUCUCCUUCACUUAGACAGACUUACAGCAUUCAUGUAGUGCUCAUACAUAUACACAAAGAUACAUCAUGCACAUAACCCUCUCAUCUGCACUCACAUGAACAAUUUUUUGCUAUCUUUCCUGAGAUCUGGUGUGCAUGUGGUUUAACUUCUGAGCUGUGAGGAUGUUUACAAAUAUUCCAUAACACCUCAGCAGCUAAGCCAGUUCAGUCAACUGAAGUCAAAACUUCCAAAAUAGCUUCAGAGGUUUGAAAGACUGCAUUUACUUCAGUGUUUCUUUUUCUUUUAUUGAUUUCAUCAGACUUCAUCAGCCAAAACUACCAUCUGUUUACAAAUCUAUGGAUUCUGUGCUUUACUCUGAUACCUGUGGCACUGCAAUCAUAACAAGUGCCCUAAAACAUUAUACAAAGCUAGCUUUUAAUUUCCUGAUAGGCAUAUAGAUAUCUCAGGCAUCUACUUAUGUGCUGUUCUGUGCAUCUAUCUAUAUCUGAAAGUGUGUAGCAUCUAUGCAUGAUGAAGAAAUGGAAUUGUGCUGACUUUGGAAGCAACUUUUAAAUGGGGAAUAAAGCAUAAAAUUCAAUGUUCUAAGUCCAGUUUGUGCAAUCUAGACCAGCACACAUUUGGACAGUACAGUAAAUACUUGGUUUAUUGGAGGACUAUGCAUAUUGCAUUUCAACUCCAUGCAAUUAAUGAGCAGAAGCUGGGCCAGCAGAGCAGGGAUUGAGGUGGGCACAGGCGUUCUUCCCCCACCAAAGAUUUGCAAUAUAUAUUUUCAGAAAUACAUAUAUGGCAUUUGAGUAGUUUAUGAAGUCGAUAUUUAUCUGUGAAUCAUAUUUAGUAUUCAGUAAUUAUAUUUUUAAUUGAAUAAUCUUUUACUACCUAAUUCACAUCAGCUUUGAUCAGGCAACCUGAAGAACUCUAAUUAUCUGCUUACCUGUGACACUACUUGCUUCUCAUCAACAAAGUAUUUUACAGCCUGUCACCUCAAUCUAGAGAGGGUGAUUUGCCUGCAGAAAUAGUCUUCUGCAUGUGGAUUAUGUUAUCUCCUAUGCAUGAAAAGCUAUGUGUACAUACACACUUGCAAAAGGUGAUCAUAGAAUCAUCUAGUCCAACCCCUUGCAGUGCAGGAAUCUCAGCUAAAGCAUCCAUGACAGAUUACCAUCCAACAUCUGCUUAAAAACCUCCAAGUAAGGAGAGUCAACCACCUCUUGUGGGAGUUUGUUCCAUUGUCAAACAGCUCUUACUGUCAGAAAGUUUUUUCUGAAUGUUUAGCUGGAAUCUCCUUUCUAGUAACUUGAAGCCUUUGGUUCGAGUCCUACCCUCCAGAGCAGGAGAAAACAAGCAUGUUCCCUCUUCGAUGUGACAGCCCUUAAGAUAUUUGAAGAUGGCAAUCAUAUCUCCUCUCAGUCUCCUUUUUUCCAAGCUAAACAUACCCAGCUCCUUCAAGGGCUCCUCGUAAGGCUGAGUUUCCAGACCCCUGAUCAUCUUGGUUGCCCCACUCUGCACACGUUCCAGCUUGUCAACAUCCUUCUUAAAUUGUGGAACAAUUAGCAACCCCUUCCAGUUUGGUGUCAUCUGCAAAUUUGAUGAGCAUUCGCUCAAUUCAGUGCUCUCAGCUUUGACAGUGUCCAUUACUUGUAUGUAAUGGAGAGACUGAAUCCAAGCUUCACUUGUGGGGGAAAUUUGAUGCCAUAUGGGUGGUGUAUUUUUUGGUUUCUUUGCCAUUAUUCAAUGUAUUGCAUCCUUAUGAGCACUCACUUAUAACUGGAAACAAACCACAAAAAAAUUCAAAGAGGGUUUGAGAAAAGCUUCAGUUAGAAAGGUAACACAACCAAUGGAUAGAAAUGAAAGUCUAAAUGUCAAGCUGUUCACUGUAAGUCAUCAUGGCCAAUAUAAACUCAAUUCAAAGAGCCAAUGAAGAAUUGUUGAAUCUUACAGCAUCUUGUUAAUUUCUUUUUGUUCCUUCUUUCCCUGAGCAUAGCAAAAGCAAUCUAAGCCCAUAGUCCUGUACUUCAAAGCCCCCUUUCAGACACCUGGAAAAUGCUUACUGUACAAAGGGGGGAGCAUGCUUUGCUGCUGUAAUCUCCCCUCACAAACACACAAUUCAGUGACUGUGCAGAACCUCUUCAAAAUGUUUGGAAGGCACUAACAGUAUUUCAUUACAUGCCAAUGUAAAGGUCAGAAUGUGGAACAAUAAACAGAUGAAAGUGUGCAGUGUCAUAUGCCCAUUUUCUUAGCUUAACAUAACAAGAGUAGUUUAAAUUUCAUCAUGCAACAGUAACAUUUUUGUGCAACAUGCUCGGUGUUAAGUUGAAGAAUGAGGGCAUUACGGCCUUUUAGAAAUCAAUUCAUUUAUGAUUUUUUUUUAUUGUAAGCCUGUAUGCAUAUAAACUAUGCAAUUAACUUAAAUGGAAUUUAAGUUCUGCAUUAUGUAACCAUAAUUAUAUGUGCCUCCUGUGGAAAUAAAAAGAUAGUACAGGCAUUUCCCCUAGUGUAAACUAUAUGUAUAGUUCCAGAUACCAUGAUUACUAGAAAAGCCAGGAAAUUAUGUAUCAUUUUCUCUCUUGCUCAAAAUGGAGAAUAUAUAGUCCCACAAUGAGCAUUCCAACAAAGAAUAAAUCUAACCACAUGUGCAAGAGUAUAGAGAGGUGCAGAAAACGUUAUUCAAUCUCAGAUUGGAAGAGGAGGGAUUUGCAGUGGCAGACUGAAAUGUUACCUUUGCUUGCAGAGUAAGCUAUAUUAUAUAAAAUAUUGUACCAAAAAUAUGUGCCAAGGUCAUCAGCACCAGAAUUGCAAUUUAGCCAGUUCAUUGUCUGAAAAAUAGCACCAGCAUCAAAAGCAAAAAAAUACCGUAAGUCAAACUUGAGUUCUUGAGUCAUUACCCUGAAUUCACAGUCACUUUCUGCUUACUUGAACAAAGUUUCUGGUACUGAAAGGAAAACAAAAUGUUGUUGUUUGUUUUGUGCGUUUUUUCAUUACACAUCUAUAAACUGUCAAAAACUGACUCUUCCCUCAUUUUCUCUCUCUCUUUUCACACUGUUGCUUUUUCUGCACUCUUUAGCUGUUUCUAGUAUAACUGCCCCACUUCUGAUUAACCUUUCUUUCCCCCUUCUAUUCUAGGUAAUCUUGCCAUUUUUUUGUUUCGUCUUACCGCCACACCUUUUCCUCAUUUCUUUUCCAUUUUCCACUAUACUAUUCCCCAAAAAGGAUAUUCUGCCGCCACCACCCUGCAUGCACACUCAUAAGCUGUGUAUUUUUCAGCUGUGUUCACAACUUUUCAGUAAUAAGAUCUAAUUUUCAUGUGAUGCUUCAUGUAAUUCACAUUAUUAUAUUUCACAUUACUAUUUUCAUAUUACGUCAAGCAGCUGAGACACAUGACAGCACUCUGAAUUUGACAAAGACAUAUGACAGCUCUCUGUGUUCUGCUUCCUUCCUCUCUCUCUUUUUCUCACACACUCUGUUAUCUGCUUUCCUAGGCUACAUUUUCCUCAUGUUCCUCCUGUUUCUUUACAGGGAUCCUAAAGAAUGUCAGUAAGCCAAGGUAGUUUUUUACAACUAGCAUUAAAAAUGGAUCUCUGUACAUCUGAUACGAAAAGGAAGCAAACAAACUGAAGACACUGAGCAAAAGAAGAGAACAACAUGUUCAGAUGGGGAUUAGAAAUCUAGAAACUGUAGAAUUGUUCCAUUCUAAUAUAA